CUCUACAUAGCAAUUUCUUUACGAUUUAUUUCUCAUUUAUUAACAAAUAUUGAUUUUUAAUCGUUUAGUUUCGAAAAAUAUGCAAUUUUAUUAAAAUGACCAGCGACAUAGAGAACUAUGGCGACAGUGCUAGGAAUAGAUCUACUUACGAAACAAAGAGGCGUACAUCCAAUCACAUUUUCGACGGGGCCGGCGAAAAUAUACAAUACUAUAGCGACUCCGAGUCCUUGGAUUCUCGGAAGAGUAAAACUCGAUUCAUCAACCCGGCUAUACGCAUCGAGAAUGUUCUGUCAUCUUCGAGUUCGGUAGAUGCUUCCAGUGACGAAGUAACCCCCCAUCCUCAUACUUACCGGAGUAGUUCCACUCCGUUUCUCACUGGACGCAUAUCGAAUGCCUCCUGUACGAGCGUCCAGAGGAAGUCAUGCCGCUUGGACCCUGGUGAGGAGGAAACUCCUCGCUGUGAGUACGACGGAGCAGAUACAUUUCGAUUGUCGGUCGCGUCUGUAUCGACUACGACCACGGCUAGGGAGGAGCGAGAGAAGAAUGAAAAAAGACGGCAGGAAGCUUUCCAGAAGUGGCUGGAAAGGAAGGAACAGGAGAGACGUGAGAAAGCGCGCCAAGAUAGGAUGAAGACACGCGAAACACCAGCUACUACUCCUGAACAGAGAGAAGAGUCUUACAGGCGGUGGCUGGAAAGAAAACAAGCCCAGGCGGAGAGAAGAAAGGCAGAAGAAAUACUGCAGCGUAUAAAGGAAAAGGAAAGAAUGGAACGAGAGAGGAAGAGCAGAGAAAAUAAAGAUGAGAAACUGAUGGAAUGGAUAAAGAGGAAGGAGGAAGAAAUGAAACUGAUGAAGACGCGAGCGGAGCGGCGGGCGGCGCGCGCGGCGAUUGAAGAGGAGCGGCGGCGCGUGCAGGGGGAGCGAGCUUACCGCGACUGGCUGCGGACCAGCAGGGGCAAGCCGCUGCCCGUGCCGCUCAACCGGGGGGAGCUCAGUAUGCGGGGCUCAGUAUCACAAAUGUACGUGAACCCUAUACCAUGGCAGUCUCUAACGUGAAAAGUAUGUGCAUAUUUUGUAUUAUCUCAUUGCCAAAAUUGUAGUUGUGUUUAUAUUAGAUAACUUUAUUUUUUUGUAAAAAUGUAUUAGCAUUUUGGUAACGGAAUAUAAAGUAAAACAAAGUUUGUCGACUAGUUAUUUAU